AUGGAAGCUUAUCCUUUUUGGGCUUUUGUCACCUUUGCAAUCUUAGCUUCGGUUACCAUCUUCAUCUCAAAACUACUCAACUCUUCCCUAAAACUCCCUCCACCAGGUCCUAAACCAUGGCCUCUCAUAGGGAACCUGAACCUUAUCGGUCCCCUCCCACACCAGUCGCUCCAUAAACUGUCCCAAAAAUACGGUCCCAUCAUGCAACUCAAGUUGGGGUCCUUCCCAGUAGUGGUUGCGUCCUCGGCCGAGAUGGCUAAACUCUUUCUGAGAACACAUGACCUUGUAUUCGCUUCAAGGCCCAAAACAGCCGCCGGAAAGUACACAGGCUAUAACUACUCAAACCUCACUUGGUCCUCAUAUGGACCUUAUUGGCGUCAGGGCCGUAAGAUCUACCUGACGGAGCUUUUCAGCUCGAAACGACUCGAGUCGUACGAGUACAUUCGCGUCGAGGAAAGACGCGAGUUCCUCUCGCGACUUUUCGCCUUGUCAGGUAAACCCACUGUCCUUAAAGAUCAACUCUCUCGUGUGACUCUAAGCGUUAUAAGUAGAAUCGUUUUGGGUAAGAAGUACUUUACGGAGCCCGGCGAGGAGUCACCCGAAACGACGUCGUUGGUGAAACUGGAAGACUUUCAGGAGAUGUUGGAUGAGUUGUUUUUGCUUAAUGGGGUUUUAAACAUUGGGGACUGGAUUCCGUUUCUCAGUUUCUUGGAUUUGCAGGGCUAUGUGAAGAGAAUGAAGGAUUUGAAAAAAAGGUUUGAUCGGUUUCACGAUCAUGUUCUUGAUGAGCACAAGACAAAGAGGGAGCAGGGGCAGAAGGGCAAUUUUGUACCCAAGGACAUGGUGGAUUUUCUGUUGGAGCUCAGUGAGAACCCUGACCUUGAAGUUAAGCUUAGUUAUGAUAGUAUCAAGGCAUUUAUUCAGGACUUAAUAGCGGGAGGCACAGACACUUCUGCAACGACGGUGGAAUGGGCAAUGUCAGAGCUGAUAAAACAACCAAACCUCAUUGAAAAAGCAAAGGAAGAACUCGACAGAAUCAUCGGACAACAAAGGUGGGUCGAAGAGAGAGACAUCCCAAACCUUCCAUACAUUGACUCCAUCAUCAAGGAGACCAUGAGGAAACACCCAGUUGCUGUUUUCCUGGCCCCACACUUGGCUCGCGAGGAUUGCCACGUCAGCGGAUACGACAUUCGUAAAAGCACUCGGGUUUUCAUUAACACGUGGAGCUUGGGGAGAGACCCCUCGGUGUGGGACCAACCCGAUGAGUUUCGACCCGAGAGAUUCUUGGAGCCUGAGAAAAGGGGUGUGGAUAUUAAGGGGCAAAGCUUUGAGCUGUUGCCGUUCGGGUCGGGUCGCAGGAUGUGCCCCGGUUACAGUUUGGGGCUUAAGAUGAUAAGCAGUAUCUUGGCCAACUUGUUGCAUGGAUUUACGUGGAAGUUGCCUGAGACUAUGAGAGCUGAAGAUGUGGGUAUGGAGGAGGUUUAUGGGUUGGCUACUGUUCGAAAGGUCCCAUUUGUUGCGGUCAUGGAGCCUCGACUCCCCGUCCAUCUUUAUUAGCUUUCCUUUGAACUAUAUAUAUUUGAUAAAUGGUUUAAUAUGUAAAAAUAUAAAAUAAUUUAGAAUCACUUUGAGUGUGUUUUCAUGAAUAUAUGUUAGCAAUGUUGAAUGUAUUAA